UGGAGGUGGACUUUCACGCAAGUGGACUUUUACGCACGUCUGCGAGAAGAUGAGAGUUUUACGCGCAUUUUUACUUGAAUAACAAUGCUUGGUUAUGAGAACGUGGACUUUACAUACGGCUCUGAAAGAAAAAUGAUUACGAUGUAGAUUUUUAGCUCUGGUUUGGUCCAAUUUAACACAUUAGUGACACUUUACGCACAGAAAACGUGUGAGGAAAUGGACUUUUACGCACUCGUUCCCUCUCACGUGCGCGCGCAGUUCAUUGAUCGCUCGUGAAAAAUCCGUUCGAUCUUCACACCAAAUGGAGAACUCGACCAAUCAAACUCUGGGCGUGUGGAUCGCCUCGAGCGUGCAGUACAAGGUGAUCAGCACGGCGCUUCUGCUGUCGAUUUGCGCGGCGGGUGUGGUGGGCAACGUGAUGGUGGUGCUGGUGGUGUUGACCACCAAGCACAUGCGCACGCCCACCAACUGCUACUUGGUGAGCCUGGCCGCCGCCGACCUGAUGGUGCUGAUGGCGGCCGGUUUGCCCACGGCGGUCGACGGCGCGUUCGGUUCCUGGGUGUUCGGUCACUCGGGGUGCCUGUGCAUCACAUAUCUGCAGUACCUGGGCAUCAACGCGUCGUCGUGCUCCAUCACAGCCUUCACCAUCGAGAGGUACAUCGCUAUCUGCCACCCCAUCAAGGCGCAGUUCCUGUGCACCCUAUCCCGUGCUAAGAAGAUCAUUCUCAUCGUUUGGACGCUGACUUCAGCCUACUGCGUCAUGUGGUUCUACCUGGCCGACCUGCAGGUGUUAGUUUACGACAACGCCACGGUGAGGGCGUGCGGUUACAGGGUGUCCAGGAAGUUCUACCUGCCCGUGUACUUCUUCGACUUUGGAGUGUUCUUCGUCGUGCCGCUGUUGCUCAGCGCGGUGCUGUACGGGCUCAUCGGGCGCAUCCUCUUUCUCAACCCGCUGCCCUCUGACCCUAAGGAGCAGCGGCAGUUGCAGGAGCGCAACAGCAACGAUGACAAGGGCAAGAAGAGCUGCAGGAACUCCAGGCACUCCAGCUCCACGGCAGCCUCGCGGAGACAGGUAACCAAAAUGCUCGCGGUGGUGGUGAUCCUAUUCGCCGCACUGUGGAUGCCAUACCGCACCCUAGUGGUAGUCAACUCCUUCCUGGACCGUCCAUACCUGAACAACUGGUUCCUGCUUUUCUGUCGGGUAUGCGUGUACCUGAACAGCGCCAUCAACCCGCUCAUCUAUAACGCCAUGUCGCAGAAGUUCCGUGCCGCCUUCCUAAAGAUCUGCCGAUGUGGACGCGGAAGAUCCGACAAGCCGGCUAGCGGUGCUUACGGUGUAACGCUGAGCUACAGCGCCGUCAAGGACUCCUCCGUGGCUGAGAGCGUCGACCAUUUCACCACCGACAUGGAAGAGAUAACCGUCACUGACGAGCUCCUGGCGGAGCACAAGGCUGUUUUCACAGGAUCUUCUUCGCCUCCCUCUUACGGCAAAGUGGACUUCACGAUGCAGGCUUGACGACGUGAAGAUCGAACGGAGAGGUUAUAAAUUGAGUCCACUGAGAUUACGCAUGAUCAGAUUUUUCAACAUUUAUUGCGCCAAGACACAUAUUUUACAUGUGUUGUUCUUAGCGUGGUUUUGAGCCUCAUGUGAAUGUGGGUUGUUCAAGUUGCAUCAAUGAAGUGUCAAAAACAGACAUCUAUGAAACAUGGGAUCGUCAUUGUGUAUUUGCUAGAUGUAUUGUUGCUACUUUGCCGAUUCUUCUUUGUUGCUACGGACCGCAGUGAAUGUUACCCAACACUAGGGUGACCAUAUUUUGAUUUCUAAAAAAGAAGACACUCAGUCCGGCCUCAAGAUACUUGAAUUUUACUCGAAGUUCACUCAAAGAUGACUCGAUCACUUUAAUAUAUUUAAAGUGUGCCCCCUCACUGGAUGGAAAAAUGCAGUUUGAAAAAAAAUAAUGACUUUAAAAAAAAAAUAUAUAUAUAUAUAUAUAUAUAUAUAUAUAUAAAAUGCAGACCCAUAGAAAUGUAGUCCAGUCAAUACACAUACACACAGUAGGCUAUGUGCCAACUAAACAUUUUUAUAAAUUACUAUCACGACAAUUGUCCUUGACAAAUUGUUAUUCCCAUUCAAUUGAUGUUCUCAUUCAAUGUUCUAGAUUGCACACAAACAAAACCGAAAUAAACUGACAAACUAUUCAAUCAGCAUGUUUCCAAACGUAGCAGUUCAAAACUACAUUUCCCAUAAUGCCUAGCGCGGUUUAGCUUACUGAUAGCUAGCUGAGGCAAAAAUCAAACUUUGCAAUGAAAGUUUACAAUCAUCGGCAGCGCACCGAUGCGACACCAAACGGGAUUUUACAGUCAAAGCUCCGACAGAAGUCAACAGUUGCCAAUAUAUAUGUAUUUAUCAGUUGCCAAUAUAUAUGUAUUUAUCAUAAUUAAAAAAAAAACAGUCAUUGUGGCCAAAUCGUCAACCCAGUAGAUGGCGGUAAUGCCUCUUGGUAGGGGUAAACUGCCAACAAAAACAAGAAGAACUACUACUUCCCUCCAUUCUAGUAGGAGCCAUGUCAACUGCUGCCACCCAGCGGCCGGAGGGAUUCUCUUCAAAUUGGUCCCGUGAAAAAUCAUAAAAACCGGACAUUUUUAUGAAUUUAUAUAACCCGCCCGGACCAGUAGGACUUGUCCGGGCAAAAGAGGACGUUUGGUCACCCUACCCAACACUCAUGAUGUGAGUUGUGAAGGUGGUUUGAUUGUGUUGAAUAUUUUAAUUACUGAAUACAGUCGAUGUAACAUGGGUUCAUUAAUGUGUACAUGAAUGGCAUUCAUGCUUGAUGAUCAUACCGGUGUUGUGUUCUUAACCGCCAUCUUGUAGUAUCUACAUAAAAUUAUGAAUAGAUUUAUUUUUGAGGGAUGGAGUUAAUUAUCUGUUCACAAAAUGUAGUGUUCAGCAAUAUAUUAGUGCUUAGAUAUUUAAUAAUUAACCUCUAAGUGGGUUUUUAUGUAAGCGGCAACCAACCAGUGCUGUUUUCGUCAACAAUGACGAUAACGAAAAUAUUUCUUCAACGAACAAUUUUUUCAUGACGAUGACGUGACGAGCUAAAAACAUGUCUUGGGAGACUAAAACAUAACGGGAUGGAUGCUAGUUUUUGUCUGACGAGACGAGAACAAAAUGAAAAUUCACUAUAGUUUUGUCAUAAGUUCACAAUGUGUGAGAUUUUGUUGUCAUGUGUAUUAAGCACGCAUCAUAGCAGUGUUUAGUCGUGUCACUCAUGUUACAUGCUGCGCCGCCUCCCCCAUCCCGCCCAACACACACGCUUACUCACAGGCCGGUGAGUAAGCCUGUGUCCAUUCCAGUCCUCUUUUAUGAAACGUGUCAGGUGCUGCUUGAUAAGUUUUGUUUUCUUAUCUUGGCUGGAUAUGCCAUGUUACUUUGGCAAUUAAAGGUCUGUGCUGAGCAAUCAUUACACACUAAAUGUAACUUGUAGCAUUAGCAUAGCAUUCACGUUAGCAUUAAGCGUGGUGAGUGUCGUCUUAAACUCUUGGAAAACUUUACAUACUGUUUGUGGAGUCCAGAUGAGUUUAAUUCAAUGAAAACAAUUUACCGUUUUCCUGCUGAGUGUGCAUUAUCAUCACGAAGAUGGUGAUGUCCUUGUACACUCUAAAUUUAUGUGCUUGUCUGUCAAUGUUCAUUCGAAAUAGUUGUCAACAAUUUAUUUAGUUUUUUUCAUGGACUAAAACUUGAAGUUUGCAUACGCAAAACAUUUUGAGGAGUUGUCGACUAAAACUAGACGAAGAUUAAUAAAAUAUGACUGAGACUAAUAAGUAUUUUCGUCCAAAAGACUAAGACGCAAUUUAAAAAGGCUGCCAAAAACAACUCUGGAACUAACCCAUUAUUUGUUUUAACGCUUGGGCAAAAGAAAAGUUUCAUAUUAAAGAAUUGCAUUGAGGACAUGUUGGGGCACCAAGAGAAGUGAGUUGAGGAGCUCUAUG